AGCUCAUCAAUGAUCUGCACCGACUCAAAGAAAUUGCCCAAGCUAGUACGAUCAGCAGUGUACAGCACGCCGUCAGGUCCCUCCGUCUCUGUUCGAAGCUGGAAGAUGAACGAGUUCAAGUAAUAUGACACUCCAUCGCCUUUUCCGAUGCUAGCGAGAGGUUUGUUCAGCCAUGAAAUUCCAUGUGGAGAUGACUCCAGGGGAGAGCAAGAGUGCCAAAUUGUAGCUCGAGGAUAUGAUAAGUUCUUCAACAUUGGGGAGGUCCCGUGCACCGAUGUAAGUUGUUUUCAUGUCAAACUGCCUGAUAUCGCCUCAUGGGGAUUCGUGCGCGGUGGUCAAUACUCUCCUACAGGACCCACGUAUACGCUGUCAUUAAAAUCUAAAGGGUGUAUCAUAUUUGUCGCCCCCAUUUCUCCUCCGAAGCUGAUCGUCACGUCCAAGCAGUGCACUGGGAUCGAUGCAAGGGGUCUCAGAAACUCAUUCCGAAGUCGGCUGUCGGUGGCUCAAUAAGCACUUGGCAGGAACAGCUGACAUCGAGAUUAUGGGAGAAGAACUGGACAGCAAUCGCCGAGGUGUGCAAGUCAUACAAUGUAGGCAAAAGUUCUAGAAUCAA